AUGGCUUCCGUUUGCUUGCGCUCCGGCCGCGUGCAAAACGCCCUCCGCGCGGCCAGGAAUCCCGCCCUCGCUCGCCCGCGACUCCCUAGCAACACCCUCUCUCGACGUCAUGCCUCGACCGGCACCGGCUCCUCGCCCGAAUCUAACGCUGGCUCCAACCUGAAGCUUGCCCUGUACGGCACCGCUCUCGCCGGCUCGCUCUACGUCUCCUACCUCUAUGUCACCGAUACCCGCGCCUCCAUCCACCGCUGGCUUGUGCCGCCCAUGCUGCGCUUCAUCUACAGCGACGCCGAAGAAGCCCACCAUGCCGGCACGACCAUGAUGAAGUCCCUCUACGACUUGGGUCUGCACAUCCGCGAACGCGACAGGACCCUCGCCCAGCAUCCUGCCCUCGCCAGCGAGGUCUACGGUUUCCAGCUCGCGAACCCCAUCGGCAUCAGUGCCGGCCUCGACAAGCACGCCGACAUCCCCGACGCCCUCUUCGCACUCGGUGCUGGUGUCGUCGAGGUUGGCGGCUGCACGCCCCGUCCGCAAGAAGGAAACCCCAAGCCCCGCGUCUUCCGCGUCCCCAGCAUCGAUGGCAUGGUCAACCGAUACGGUCUCAACUCCCGCGGCGCCGUCAGCAUGGCCGGUACGUUGAGGGAGCGUGUGCGCAGAUUCGCCCGUAAGGCCGGUGUCACCGAGCAGCAGGUUCUGGACGGCGAAGCCGGUGUGCCCGCCGGAAGUCUGCUCCCCGGCCGUCUUCUGGCUGUGCAGAUUGCCAAGAACAAGGAGACGGACGAGCGGGACGUAAAGGCCGUCACUCAAGACUACGUUUACUGCGUGCAAGCCCUCGCCAAGUACGCCGAUAUUCUGGUCGUCAACGUCAGCAGUCCCAACACCCCUGGUCUGCGUGACCUGCAGGCUACCGAGCCCCUGACGAGGUUGCUGAGCGCCGUCGUCGACGAGGCGGCCAAGGCAGACCGCAAGGUUCGCCCCAAGGUUAUGGUCAAGGUCUCCCCUGACGAGGAGGAGGAUGCCCAGGUCGAGGGCAUCGCCCAGGCCGUUUGCAACAGCGGCGUUGACGGUGUCAUUGUUGGCAACACGACCAAGCGUAGGACGGGCGUCGUCCCGAAGGGUGUCCAACUCUCCGCCAAGGAGCAGAAGGCACUGAUGGAAACUGGUGGCUACUCCGGCCCUGAAAUGUACGGCAGGACUUUGGAGCUGGUCAAGAGAUACCGCCAGAAGCUCGACAGCCAGACCCUGCAGUCUGGUUCGGCGGAGGAGGCUGCUGCCAUUCCAUCCGUGGACGGCACUCUGUCGGGCAAGGUUCACGACUUGAUUGAGGGCAAGGAUACUCCGAGAAAGGUCAUCUUCGCCACUGGAGGCAUCACCAAUGGAGAACAGGCAUUGAAGAUUUUGAACGCCGGCGCUAGCGUCGCUAUGGUGUACACGGGGUUGACAUACGGCGGUCCGGGAACAAUCACCAGGAUAAAGAAAGAGAUCGUGGAUCAGGCGUAG